AGAAAAUUUUUUUAAUCUUAAUUUAUUUAAUCUGAUGGCUCUGGGUCCAAAAGUUAACGUUAUUAUUAACACCAUUUAUUUACCAAAAUAUGGAAAAGUUGGGGAGGACCGCUGUGUUAUUGAAAUUUAUAAUGGGUGUACAGUUGCCGAAUUAAUUGAUAUGGCACGGUGUCAGAUAGCUAAUGAUAGUGGAACUGUUUGGGACGAUAAUCCACAAUUUCGAGUUUAUCUGAAUGGUCAAGAACUUUCAAUGAAUUCUCUUGUAUCUGGAAAUCGCAUGUACAUAAUCGACGUAAUUGAACAUAAGGACUAUUAA